GACCUUUAGUAGCGGGUUUUCGAAUAAAGUGACAAUGGAAGUAGUGAGCGUUCCAACAGAAAAAUGCGGCAUUUUCACGGUCUAUAUUCAGGGUGUGAAACCAAAGAACGCCCCCGUGAUUGUUACUAUCCCAGAUCUUGGCUGCAAUCACGAAUAUUAUGCUAAUUUUGUCAAUGCGCAAUUGCCCGAUCGGUUUUGCUGGUGUCACAUUGAACUACCGGGACAAUCGUUUGGGAGUCACGAUUGGACGACUGAUGCUGAAGACGCUGGGGAAACGGAAGAAACGGGUCAGGGGAAAAUUGCUAAAGGAAUCCAACAAGCCGUGCUCUUUGGUGAAGGAGCUGGAGCGAAUCUUCUUGCUCGCGUUGCAAUAUUAUACGAUUCCCGAGUUUUGGGGGCGCUGUUUAUUCAUGGCCGGUGUUCACAAUCUGGACCGCUGAAGCUACUUCGGGCCAAGAUGCGCAGUUGGAAGAGUAGUCACCUUGAGCCAGCCACGGAACGAUAUUUGCUGGAACACCGAUUUAGCACAGUUUCGGACUCAAAUCUUAUGGAGCCACUAAAAUCCGUAUUUUUACAAUACAAGGAAAACCUGAACACCAAGGUGAACGCCAAAAAUUUAAACUACUUGACAUAUUCAUAUGCGCAGUGCCCAGUGCUGCUCAUUACGGGAACAAAAUCAGACCAUCGCUCCGGCGUACGACACAUGUAUGAAACUAUGAACAAGAUUCACAAAACUGGUGGUCACUCAAGGACAACUGUGGAGAUGGUCGAGAUCGAGGACUCGUUAAGUCCUUUGGUUGAUCGGUCGGACAAAGUGGCCGAAACUGCGCUCUACUUUCUUCAAGGACUAGGAAUCGUAACCUUUGUGAAAUCCGCUCCAAGAAAAAUGUCCGGUGAUGGUGCUGCUGGGAGGCUCUCUUGGACUGGCUCUCCCGAGAAGAGAACAUGCGAAGAACUCAAGAACUUGGAUUUGACUACUGAUCAUUUAACAUGUUCAGGGGAUAUCUGCCGGAAACAGUCGGAUGGAAGCGAAACUUCCCCAAAACGUUUGCCCCCUCGGUACUUUUCGCGACAACUUUCGAUGGCUGAACUAGACUUACCUCGAGGACCGGGAGCUCUGAUUACUGGCCGAGCAAUACCACCAUCAUGCUGUCCCAGAAAUCCAUCAAUGGAUUCACACAGAAGACCGUCCGUUGAACAUUCGCAACACUAGCUCUAAAAAAGCCAAAAUGUUCAGGAUUUUGAAGACCCUUCACUAUGCUGACAGAUAAUUAUCAUGAAAGAGCGAAGCUUGCAUCUCUUGUGGACAUAUUUCGGUUGAAUGAACAAACUGUUUGUGAGAACUCAACGUUUAACCUUACUCCACGUGAUAUUCCUGAUGUUGGAAUAACCCCGCAGUUACCCUUGUAUGUCACUAUAUAUCUUCUGUUUUGAUGAAGAUAAGAGCUGUUAUUUAAUUGCUUCUGAAUAAUGUCUAUCCUCACAUUGCUCCUAGACUAGAGUUAGUGUAUUCUUCAUCAUCAAUCAAAUUCGCUGACCUGUUUUGUUAACGUGUUAACUUAGUAGUCAAUCCCGUUCAUUCACUGUGUAUUGCGAUCCUAUCAACAUUUUCUUGUGGUGUGUUCAUCGAAAAGUUGCCAUGACUUUUUCACUUCCGAUUAAAUAUUUUUAAUCUCUUAUUCAUUUUCGGAAUCCUUUCUGUGGCCUGUUUCAUGUCGUAAAGCUAAAACGUCUUAAGAGAGGGCUACGGUUUGGUUGUAGCGACCUUAGCAGGCCUCGAGCCUGGAUUUGGAUAAUCCACCGUUGCUGCUGUGAAUUUCUUAAAUGCUUUGCUAUUUCUACGGGUGAACAAAGCAAACUAUUCAUCUUAGUUUCUUUGAUG